AUGCCGCAGGUGUACUCCCUGGACAGGCCACAGACCUUCCACAACUGGUUCAGCCCCCACCGCUUUUUCGAAAAGAACAAGCAGAUGGAGAUGCUGGCAGAGCAGAUUGCCACAUUGUGUGAAAGCCUGGAGGAAUAUCCAGCCAUCCGCUACAGGAAGGACCAUGAAGAUAAUUUCCACUUGGCGCACGCUGUGCUGGCCAAACUCAAGGAGUUCAAGGCAUACGAGCCCAGCAUGGGACAGGGCCCCGACAAAGCCCGUUCUCAGCUGCUGAUCGUGGACCGGAGCUUCGACCUGGUGUCCCCACUGCUGCACGAGCUCACCUACCAGGCCAUGGCCUACGACCUGCUCAGCAUCGAGAAAGACACCUACAAGUACAAGACGACGGGCAUCAGCGACUCGCAGGAGAAAGAGGCGCUGCUGGACGAAGACGAUGAACUCUGGGUGCAGCUACGCCACAUGCACAUCGCUGACGUCUCCAAGAAGGUGACGGAGCUGCUGCGCACCUUCUGUGAGAGCAAGAGGCUGACCACGGACAAGGCCAACAUCGAGGACCUGUCCCAGAUCCUGAAGAAGAUGCCCCAGUACCACAAAGAGCUGAACAAGUACUCCACACACCUGAACCUGGCCGAGCACUGCAUGCGGCACUUCAAAGGGACGGUGGAGAAGCUGUGCAGUGUGGAGCAGGACCUGGCCAUGGGAACGGACGUGGACGGGGAGAAGAUCAAGGACCCCAUGAAGAUCAUUGUGCCCGUCCUGCUGGACCCCAGCGUGCAGGCCUACGACAAGAUCCGCAUCAUCUUGAUCUACAUCUUCCUGAAGAAUGGUGUGGGCGAGGAGAACCUCACCAAGCUGAUCCAGCAUGCCAACGUCCAGCAGCAGAGAGACAUCAUCCACAACAUGCAGUUCCUGGGCAUCUCUCUCACGCCUGGGAGCGGGCAGCUGCGACCGGAGAGGAAGGUGCGGCUGGAGUCCAGCUACCAGCUCUCCCGCUGGACCCCCAUGCUCAAGGACAUCAUGGAGGACAUCAUUGAGGACAAACUGGACAAGAAUCUGUGGCCCUUUGUGUCGGACCCGGUCCCCACCACCAGCUCCCAGGCUACUGUCCCCUUCGUGUCGGACCCGGUCCCUACCACCAGCUCCCAGGCUGCUGUCAGCGCCCGCUUUAGGCAUUGGCACAAGAACAAGCCAGCGGCCGAGUACCGGACGGGCCCACGCCUCAUCAUUUACGUGCUGGGUGGGCUGUCCAUGUCUGAGAUGCGCUGCGCCUACGAAGUGACCCCGGCCACCAAGGGCAAGUGGGAGGUGGUGAUCGGUUCCAGCCACAUCCUGACUCCCAAGCGCUUCCUGGAUGACAUCCAAACCCUCAACCAGCUGGACCCCGAGGAGGCCUAGAAGCAGCCCCCUCUCCCCAGAGACUCUGCCCCCCACAGCUUGCUGCCCCCAGCUCCACCUGCUCUUCUCAACAAGGCACCUUCCCCCC